CAGGCAGGGUGGACUAAUCUCAAUUCAUCUCUCAGAGGAAACCUGAGGAAGUUGUCAAAGUCAUUACGUUUUGUCUCAGCCAGGAGGCCUGGAUCUAAGUUAACAUUUGACAAUGUGAUGUCUGAGGCAAAAAAUGCUACUAUUGGUGUGUUAGUGUUCACUGUUUGCAAUAGUGUGUGAAAAUUAUUGUGUCAAAGUAGAAUUCAUCUCCCAAGUUAAGUGAGAUAAAACUGAUCAUUCAGUUUUCAUGAGCCUGACCUACAACAGUGUACUAACAGGGAACCCUUCGCUUAACUCUGAUGGUGACUUCCAUUGAGGUUAACAAAAAUCUGAAUAGAGUAACAGUUUAGAGGACUGCUCUGCAUGAUCCUAUGCCAUGAUAGCCUUUGACUCCUACAUUCAAAAAUUUACUGCAAAAGCAAAGUAAAGUUCACCUGGGUAUUCUAUUGGGAGUGUAACAUUUUAGUUACACAUUUAUCAGCUGUAGAUUGUCUUUAAGGGGUUGGAAAUGAAACUUUCCUACUUAUCUGUUGGUAAACUUUCUUUGGAUUAUGUAUUUGUUAAGAAGUAUAUUGCAGUGUACAUCUGGAAAGUGAUGACUUUCUUUCUUUAAGCCUAUGGUUUAUACACGUAAUGUACUUCAAACUGAAACUUGACUGUAAUGAAGAAAAUUCAAAACAAAUUUUUCACAAUUUACUUCUGCUGCCAGAUCACAGGGAGUAAUUCACUUUACAUACAUAGUUCACUGUACCACAUGACCUGUAGAGCCCCGUUCACAUUGUUAUCGAAAAACCAAAAUGUUAUGUAAGAGCCGCAUGUGAUGGCAUUGGUAGGGCUGGGCUGGAAAUAGCAAUCAGAGAAUUAACGAUCAGAUCUUGGGAGUUACAAGGUUAAACAUGACUGAAAUCUCGCGGACUAGUGGUCUUUCUGUAAUUUGAUUGUUACGUUAGUAUCUCACGCACUUGUUUUUUCUCUCAUUUGAUUGUUACGUUAGUAUCUCGCGCACUUGUAGUUUUUCUCCGUCAUUUGAUUGUUACUUUAGUAUCUCGCACACUUGUAGUCUUUUUCUGUAAUUUGAUUGUUAGGUCAGUAUCUCGCGCACUUGUAGUUUUUUUUUCUGCAAUUUGAUUGUUACGUUAGUAUCUCGCGCACUUGUAGUCUUUUUCUGUAAUUUGAUUGUUACGUUAGUAUCUCGCGCACUUGUAGUUCUUUCUGCAAUUUGAUUGUUAUGUUAGUAUCUCGCGCACCUGUAGUUUUUUCUGUCAUUUGAUUGUUACGUUAGUAUCUAGCGCACUUGUAGUUUUUUCCGUCAUUUGAUUGUUACGUUAGUAUCUUGCGCACUUGUAGUCUUUUUCUGCACUUGUAGUUCUUUCUGUAAUUUGAUCGUUACGUCAGUAUCUCGCGCACGUGUAGUCUUUUUCUGUAAUUUGAUCGUUACGCUGGAUUGAUAAGCUGGAAACCACUCCGCUUCGCGUCGUGGUUUCCUACGCUUAUCUCGUGUUCUCCCAACCUCCCGCGUUUUUAAAUCAGGCUAUGUAAACACGGAAACCAUUUUACAUUUCUUCAAUCUCGUGCACUUGUAGUUCUUUCUGUAAUUUGAUUGUUACGUCAGUAUCUUGCGCACUUGUAGUCUUUUUCUGUAAUUUGAUUGUUACGUCAGUAUCUCGAGCACUUGUAGUCUUUUUCUGUAAUUUGAUUGUUGCGUUAGUAUCUCGCGCACUUGUAGUCUUUUUCUGUAAUUUGAUUAUUACGUCACUAUCUCGAGCACUUGUAGUCUUUUUCCGUAAUUUGAUUGUUACGUUAGUAUCUCGCGCACUUGUAGUCUUUUUCUGUAAUUUGAUUGUUACGUCAGUAUCUCGAGCACUUGUAGUCUUUUUCUGUAAUUUGAUUGUUACGUCAGUAUCUCGCGCACUUGUAAUCUUUUUCUGUAAUUUGAUUGUUACGUCAGUAUCUCGAGCACUUGUAGUCUUUUUCCGUAAUUUGAUUGUUACGUUAGUAUCUCGCGCACUUGUAGUCUUUUUCUGUAAUUUGGUUGUUACGUCAGUAUCUCGCUCACGUGUAGUCUUUUUCUGUAAUUUGAUUGUUACGUUAGUAUCUCGCGCACUUGUAGUCUUUUUCUGUAAUUUGGUUGUUACGUCAGUAUCUCGCGCACUUGUAGUCUUUUUCUGUAAUUUGAUUGUUACGUCAGUAUCUCGCGCACUUGUAGUCUUUUUCUGUAACUUGAUGUUUGCGUCAGUAUCUCGCGCACUUGUAGUCUUUUUCUGUAAUUUGAUGUUUGCGUCAGUAUCUCGCGCACUUGUAGUCUUUUUCUGUCAUUUGAUUGUUACGUUAGUAUCUUGCGUACUUGUAAUUUUUUUCCGUAAUUUGAUUGUUACGUUAGUAUCUCAAGCACUUGUAGUCCUUUUCUGCACUUGUAGUUCUUUCUGUAAUUUGAUUGUUACGUCAGUAUCUCGCGCACGUGUAGUCUUUUUCUGUAAUUUGAUUGGUACGUUAGUAUCUCGCGCACUUGUAGUCUUUUUCUGUAAUUUGAUUGUUACGUUAGUAUCUCGCGCACUUGUAGUCUUUUUCUGUAAUUUGAUGUUUGCGUCAGUAUCUCGCGCACUUGUAGUCUUUUUCUGUCAUUUGAUUGUUACGUUAGUAUCUUGCGUACUUGUAAUUUUUUUCCGUAAUUUGAUUGUUACGUUAGUAUCUCAAGCACUUGAAGUCUUUUUCUGCACUUGUAGUUCUUUCUGUAAUUUGAUCGUUACGUCAGUAUCUCGCGCACGUGUAGUCUUUUUCUGUAAUUUGAUUGGUACGUUAGUAUCUCGCGCACUUGUAGUCUUUUUUCUGUAAUUUGAUUGUUACGUCAGUAUCUCGCGCACUUGUAUUUUUUUCCGUAAUUUGAUUGUUACGUUAGUAUCUCAAGCACUUGUAGUCUUUUUCUGUCAUUUGAUUAUUACGUUAGUAUAUCGCGCAAUUGUAUUUUUUUUCUGUAAUUUGAUUGUUAUGUUAGUAUGUCACGCACUUGUAGUUUUUUUUGUCAUUUGAUUGGUACUUUAGUAUCUCGCGCACUUGCAGUUUUUUUCUGUAAUUUGAUUGUUACGUUAGUAUCUCGCGCACCUGUAGUUUUUUCUGUGAUUUGAUGUUUGCGUCAGUAUCCCACAGAUUCGAAGUUUUCUUUGUGAUUGGACUGUUACCUAAUAUCUUGCGAACUUAAAGUUUUCUCAUUUUUUUUAUCGUUACGGUAGUAUUUCGUCCACACUUACUUACUGAUAAACCCAUUGUUACGUAUUGAGAAAGGGUGUGUUUACUGUGCAAUCUCUCUCAUUCUUCUUUAUCUUGUUGCAGUUCUAUUUGGUGAACAGCAUCAUCAGCCAUCAAUCCUGAAAGCUCAACUGUGUGUCCUUGAAAGAAUGGUGUCUCAGAGCAUAGAACAGUCACAUGGCGCAUUCCCUGUCACUGUCGUCUUAGAAAUGUUCAACCUACAGCAACAACCUUUACUGGAUGCUUAUCAAGCCAAUGAAAUUUCUUUAGAAGAAUUAAGAAAUGAAUAUAAUGGGACAGAGGGGUUUUCUAUGGAGCAUUAUGGAUACAUUUUGGAAGUUUCCAAAUCACUUGGUGCUAAGCUUGUGGCUGGAUUUGUGCCAAAGCCAUUUUGUAGAAUGAUUGUUGAGGAGGGAAAGACACGCGCAUUGGAAAAAAUUGAACAAACUGGAGGCCCGCCCAGAGAAUUUUAUGUCGAUGGUUCUGAGGAUCAUUACAGGUAUUUUCAAGGAUUGAUCAGUGGAAACCUAGACCAAGUUGUCGACAAGUACCGUCGCAUUUUUCCCGCACAGGUUCUAAGAGAUAGUUCAUUUGCAUAUACGAUCAUGGAUAUUGUUCAGAAGUCAGAGGGACACACAAGGAUUCUUGGAAUCUGCGGCUCAGGACACUUAGACUUUAAAUAUGGAAUUCCUGAAAGGAUUUCCCCUGAGAUUCCAACUUAUGUGCUAACUUCUCGCACCCUUGAUGACCCAGUAGAACAUAAUGUUGCUGAUUGCAUAUAUCAGUACUCAUAUUAA